AUGGAGAAUUUAUAUGGUGUGAUACGGACAUUGAGUAGGAAAGCUUUGAAAAAGAAACCCGCUCAGAUACAACCAAAACCUACCACAAAUGGCACGACCAACGUAAAAGACAGGCUACCAGAGCGAGAGACACGUGAACGCGAGACCAGGGAGUCCCGGGAAUCCCGCGAGUCCCGAGAGUCCAGAGAGUCACGAGAAUUAAGGGAAUCGCGAGAAAUUAGAUCUGCCCGAGAGAGUCGGGAAGAGGAAUUAGAUAGAAGAACGAGCCCACCGCGAGAGAGGGAAAGAGAGAGGGAAAGAGAGAUACACGAAGAAAGAAGAGAACAGCAACACGAUGGCAGACACCCAUUGCUGCAGUUUGCAGUUGAUCAUUUUAGACAGAGCCCUGAGUAA